UAACAUUCUCCUCUUUAAGUAAAAAAUAAAAAUUGAAAGGAAUAAAAAAAUAAGGUCAUGUGUAAUUUUCACAUGAAUAAAUGUCUAAUGAAAGCAGAGCAACAUCGGCCCAAUUCUUAAAAAUGAUGUGGGCUUAUAGUGCUACUGUGCAAAGUCAUAGCCCAACUUUUGUCAAGGCCUUCUCCGCCGACGGGUUCUGUAAUCUGUUUCCUUCCAAUUUCAGAUUUUCAGAGGUUUGAUACCGCCGAUCAUGUCUUCCACUCCGGCCUAUUGAUAAACAUAUUACCCACUCACCAUCAAAUUUUUUGACGUUUUGACGACAAUGGUGCUAAUUGUAGUCAAUUCUGAACUGUAAAGGUGUAUUUGUGUGUAUCGUAGGAAGAAUAAAACGACGACUUUUCUUUGAGAAAAUAGAAUUAUAUGACAGAGGGAGGAAUGAAGUACAGAUGUAUCGAGUGCGGGAAUGGAAUGAAAUCCCUCUUCGUUCAAUACUUGCCCGGCAAUAUCAGACUCAUGAAAUGCGAGAACUGUAAAGCAGUUGGGGAUGAGUACAUUGAAUGCGAAAUCAUGAUAGUUGUUAUUGAUUUGAUUCUUCACAAGCCCAAAGCUUAUAGACAUUUACUCUAUAAUGUGCUAGACCCACAAGCUCUCAAUUUGCAGGGUUUGCUGUGGAAAUGCAGUUUUGGAUUUCUUCUAUUGGAUGCUUAUAGGAGUUUGUUAAUAUGUAGAAGCAAAGAAGAAUGGGGUUUGUCCACAAGCAUUGAUUAUUUCAUUUGGACAAGUCAAAAGAUAUUGCUUGAUGUAUUUCUUGGAAACCUCGGGUUUUUUUCUACCUUUGUACUUGCCAUGAGGAUUUUUUUGGGUACAUGGUUUAAUUCCCUCAGGUACAAAGACAUUUUGCUUGCAAUCCUCAUCUCAAGUUACUUCAAGUUGUGUCUCUUUGCUAUGAUGGUCUGGGAAUUUCCAUCUUCUGUGGUUUUUAUCAUUGAUUUGUAUGUCUUCUCGUCCAACACCGUAGCACUAAAAGUGAUCUCGAAGUCACCCACAAGUAGAUGUAUAUUGACCUGUUUCAGUGCACAUUUGAUGAAGUUUUUGGUCACACAAAGCUGGAGUUGAAAACUUAAUGAUUUAAGGCAUUUGAUGUGAUUUUCUAUUUUCUUGUCGAAACUUCAAUUGUCAAUAUUAAUUGCUUUGUGCCUAUGACCUAUGACACAUACGGCAGUGGAGAAGUGAGUAAAAUGGUGUACAAUUAUGCCUUUUAACGUACAAUCAAUCACGGUUCAGGGUUA